ACUGAGAAAUCAGUGUACGUCGGCCAGCUCACGAAGCAACAUACUUUUUUUUGAAAAGUAGUUGGUGAUAAGCAAGUGAAGAUAGACGUUUGUUUUAGUUGUUUUGUUGGUGACAGUGACCGUUUUAGUGAAGAGCUAAAUGAUUUCAACAAUGGAGGACACGAAAACUGACAUUAAGUCGAAGAUCUCGUUUAGUGUCGAGUCUUUGCUAUCGAAUAACAAACCGUCAUCCCCGAUUAGCGAGAGACUUCACGAUGAAUCGUCGAACUAUUCAGAGGGCGAAGAUAAUCGCUUGGAUACUUCUAGUGAAAAGAUUGAUGACGAGGAUGACGAUGAAAAUAUCACAGUCGAUGACGAAGAUACCGACGGUAGAGAGAGUUUAAGUCCGAACUCUCAACAUACGGUGAUUAUUCCGCAACCUGUUCAUCCGUCGAUGCCCAGGAUGAUUUCGCCGGGACAUACUCAGUGGCCUUUUACGUGGGUUGGACCUAAUGGACCUUUUAGAUCAAAUUCACCACAAGGGAACUUACCAAACCUGAACCAAGGUGGUCCACCAAUAGUAAGAUGCGCUUUAAGGAAGCAUAAGCCCAACAGGAAACCCCGGACUCCAUUUACCACACAGCAGCUUUUAGCGCUGGAAAAGAAGUUUAGAGAUAAGCAGUACCUGAGUAUAGCUGAGAGAGCUGAAUUCUCCAGUUCUUUGAGGCUCACUGAAACACAGGUUAAGAUUUGGUUCCAAAACCGUCGCGCCAAAGCGAAAAGACUGCAAGAGGCCGAGUUGGAAAAGUUGCGAUUAUCGGCUCGACCCCUUUUGCCGCCCACCUUUGGCCUGUUCCAUGGUGGUUCACCCCUAAUUUCCCCCUUUUUGACGGCGAUGGCACAUCGACCGCCCCAUUUCGCUUUUUCUGGACCUGGGCCAAUGAUAAAUAUGCCCCAAUGAGGGGUGUAAGAUAUGUAUAGUUCGUAUGUAAUAUAGUAUGUUAAGCCCAAUUUUGUGAUAAUAUUGUAAUUUAAAAAAAAAACUUGUUUUUUGGUACAAUUGGUUCUUGCGAUUCGGUGUAAUUUAAUUUUUUUUUUACAUGAGUGCAAUAACAUAAGCAAUUUGUAUACUUUAUGAAAAGUUCUUUUGUAUAAAUACGUUUUAAAGACUGAUUAGCACUUGGCUCUUAUUAAUAUUUAUUAUUUGCCUGUAUAUAAUGUUUAAGUUGUUUUGUUCUUGAUGUACAUAUUGUGAAAUUGUUGUAUAUUUCUUGUAAAGUAACGUAUAUAUUACAGAAAAUAUAAGUAUGAUUGUUUUUAUUAUAA